AGCGACGAGCUUGGUUAUGUUGUUUCACAUCGCGUCUGGAAAUCUAACCUGCAAAUAUUAUUAAUAUAAGUUUGACAGCCACCAAUAUACUUAUAAUAAAUAGUCCAAUAAAUUAACAAUUUACGAAGGCCAGAAUUAAAUUAACGUCCCUUCGUUAUUGAUGAAGUUGGUGAAGAAAAUAUACGAAAUGGCAGAGAACACGAAUGAUCCAUACGAUAUUAAUGGGCAACAUUUUAAUCAGGAUAUGUAUUUUCAAAAGUUAUUAAAGGAAUGCACACUAAAACAAAUUAUGGAUCAUGAAGCUGAAAUAAUCGAAAACAGUCAAACUUUACAUUCAGACAUGCAGACCCUGGUAUAUGAAAAUUAUGAUAAAUUUAUAUCUGCUACUGAUACUAUUCGCAAGAUGAAGACAGAUUUCAAGGAAAUGGAAGAGAGCAUGGAUCUUUUGGCCAAGAAUAUGGAGAGCAUUACUUCCUUCUCAGAGCAGAUUUCUUCAACGUUACAUGGAACGAGACAGCAGAUUGCCAAACUGUCCUCUGUACACAGUUUGUUAAAGAAAUUGCAAUUUCUUUUUAAACUGCCUGGGAAUCUUAAAGAUAAAAUGAAGGAAGAAAAUUAUACACAAGCAGUUGAAGAUUAUGUCCAUGCUCAAAGAGUUUUAAAUCAAUACAGCAACAUGCCAUCUUUCCAAGGUAUCCAGAAAGACUGCGAGGAAAUUGUCGAGGAACUAAAGUACAAAUUGAGAUUACAAUUUCACAAGAGAGAUGCAUCGACCAAAGCCCUAGCUGAAAAUGUUGAUCUUCUUCUACAACUGAAGGAACCGGCUGAUUCCUUGUGCAUUGAAUUCUUGAUGCAUGCCGAAGGGAGAUUGACAGAACAAUUAGAAAUCUUGAAAGACAUGUGUGAAAAUGACAUCAUAGAAUUCGUGGACAUGGCUUCUUCGGGAUUCCUCAGCGAUUUGUCCCUGAUUGUGGCUUCCUACAAUGACAUGUUUAUAAAUCGAUCGUUAGAAGAUGAUGAUUUAGUCGACUUCGAAACGAAAGCUAUGAAUCAUUUGAGUGAAUUUGUUGUGACUAAUAUGAAAAAGUAUUUUGAUUUGGUGAGCAAAAGGGUGGAGGAUGUGGCUGAUACGGUGAUUUUGGUGAGAGCUCUUGACAGAUUUCAUCGUAGAUUACAAGCGAUGAAUACACUGUGCAAUGAAACGGACUUUGCCGGAAUAGGGACCGACAUUGUUGUAAAUGCUGGCCGAAAACAGUGUCGCAAUUAUUUGCACAGUCUGAAACAACACUUGAGCGAGACUUUGGUAAAAGUAAGACAGACCUUAGCCACCAAAACAAGUGACAAAGUCACGCAAGACAGCGAUGGAGGCUUAGCGGAACUUCAAGCUAUGCUCAUCAUGCCUACCAUUGAAAAAAUUAAAGGAGUUCUCCAGGACUUAUCAGUAUUUCUGCAGCCGGACUUAUCAUUCAAUCUAAAAAUGCAAUUUUUGCAAAGCUUUUGCGUGGAUGAAGUGAGAGAAGGAUUAGUAGUCGGUUUUCUACAUCAUCUCACAGCUAUAGCAGCCGGAUUUUGCAACGGAUCCGACGUGCCGAAAUUUCCACCCACUUUAUUGCUACUGCUUAGCAAAAUGUGCAUCGAGUACAAGGAGAAUAAUGUCCGCUAUUUGUUGACGACUACCGACGAUCUUUUCAACAUCGAUCAAUAUACAUCUUCGGAGAACAUUGUAACUCCCGGAUCAGAAAUGUGCGAUCGUUUUCAGGAGGCUGCGCAAAAUUUGUUGAAUCACUACGUGCGAAUUCAGGGAUUAGCAGUGUCCCAAAUGUUGAGGAAAUCCGUAGAAACUAGAGAUUGGUUGCAUACGAUUGAACCCAGAACAGUGAGAGCCGUGAUGAAGAGAGUCGUCGAAGACGUGACCGCAAUUGAUUCACAAGUCACUGCCUUGUACGAUGACAACGAUGGCCAAGUAGAUAGAAGUAGCGAUAGCAGCAGAAAGACUCACAGCGUUAGCGUGUCGAGGCAUCACUACAGGUCUAACUGGUCAUCUUACACGUCCAGUCACAUUGACUCGUCCCUAGUGACGAAUAUUCAUAAGCUAUUUUCCGAACGGAUCGAGAUCUUUUCGUCAGUGCAAUUUAACAAGGCCUCUAUUCUAACAGGAAUCAUCAAGAUAAGCUUAAAGACUUUCCUCGAGUGCGUGCGACUGCGAACAUUUAGCAAAUAUGGCUUGCAACAAAUUCAGGUGGAUACUCAUUAUUUGCAACUUUACCUGUGGAGAUUCGUAUCGGAUGAAAACGUGGUUUAUUUUUUGCUGGAUGAAAUUUUGGGCAGCGCGGUACACAGAUGUUUGGAACCAGUCUUGAUGGAACCAAGUGUGGUGGACAUUAUAUGCGAAAGAGGUUGAAUUAUCAGCAACUGUAAUUAUUUCAUGCAGUUGCAGUGUAAUGUUAUAAGUGAUAAAACAUGUAAUGUUUUUAUGAUAAUGUUAAUUAUCGUAAUUAUAUUAUAAUAAGGAAAUAUAUACAUAUGUAUGUCUAUGUAUAUCUAUAUAUUUACAACAAGCGAUAAAUUGUGUAUAUAAUAAUAUGAAUAGCUGCAUAUAAAUCUUUUAUAAUGUUACAAUACUGCAGAAAUGUUCUAUAUAGAAAAAUCUUUUAUUAAUAUUAAAUUUAUAUUAAAAUCUUUUAUUUAUAUUAUCUUUUAAUCAAUCAGAUUAUCGAAAUGCAAUGUUAUAAUAAUAUUAAUGUAUUAUUUACAACUAUUCAGAAUUAUAAUCAUUAUUCUCUAUUU